AAGGGAUAGGGAUACGGUUGGGCAGGAGAGGAGGAGACUACAAAGUAGUGUGUGUUAUACAGAAAGCCACAGAUAGAAGAUAAGCGCACUCAUAGCGUUCGGGAAGCCGGAGAAGCGCUGUGUGUAAUUCCGCUGCAGAGCGCGUCCAGCGCAAAGGGAUCUAAUCACCGUUUUAUCGAUCGCUGCCCUAUCCUUUCCUGCGUAAGGGGAUUUACUGGUAGCGGCCAGGGGAAGGUACAUAUGGAACUACAGUAAAUGAGCCCUGCCGCCUGCACACCGUGGGAUCAGCGCAGCUGCCGCACAUCGCCCUCACCAGUUGCGCAGCAGCCCGCGGAUUAGUGGGAGCGCUGUAUGCAGGGGGGCCGAAUUGCUGGAUAUUAUAGGAAAGGUGACGUUGGCGUUGAGGGAUCAGGCAAAGAGAGGCAUCCCUGGGGCAGACUUCCAAAGGCAGAGGUCGUGCUUUGAACAUCAUGGCAAUGUUUCCCAGCUGCUUCUUUGUUCUGGCACUGCUGCUCCGAGCUGAGGCCUGGGAAUGGGAACUGACUCCGAGGAAAACCGUGCGCUACCAUGGGGUGUCAGUGGUGCGACAGUCCUGGCGCAACGGAGUCUCCCAAGUCAUGACACUGACGUUGGAUGAGGAUCGGGGGGCUCUGUAUGUGGGAGCAAGAGAAGUCAUAUUUAGCUUAGACCUCAGUAACAUCGGCAAAGAGCUGAGGCCUCCGAUUAUAUGGCAAGCUCCAGCAGACAAGAAGGCAGAAUGUGCCCAAAAGGGAAAAAGCAAUCAGACAGAAUGUUUUAACUACAUCCGCUUCCUGGAAGAGUACAACCAGACACAUCUCAUCACUUGUGGGACGUAUGCCUUCCAGCCCAAGUGUGCUUACAUUGCACUGUCUGGAUUCACACUGGAUGCAGAUAACUUGGAAGAGGGGAAGGGGAAAGUUCCAUAUGAUCCAGCCAAGGGCUACACUGGGCUUAUUUUAGAUGGAGCCCUGUACUCAGCCACCAUGAACAACUUCCUUGGAACAGAGCCUGUGAUUAUGCGCAUUGUGGGGCAGCAUAAUAUAAUGAAGACAGAGUAUUUGGCAUCAUGGCUGAAUGAACCAAACUUUGUGAGCUCGGCGCACAUGCCAGAGAGUGUGGGCAGUGAAAUUGGGGACGAUGAUAAGAUAUACUACUUUUUCACCGAACGGGCUCUAGAAUAUGACUGCUCCAGUGAGCAAGUGGUAUCCAGGGUGGCACGUAUCUGCAAGGGGGAUUUAGGAGGGGCUCGUACUCUGCAGAGGAAGUGGACUAGUUUCCUCAAAGCCCGGCUUCUUUGCUCCAUCCCAGAGCUUCAGCUGAAUUUUAACCUUUUAAAAUCUGUAUUUAAGCUAGAGGCCGAAGAGUGGCGCUCCACUCAGUUCUUUGCUGCCUUCCAGGCUCGCUGGGGUGAUUCUCCAGUGUCCGCUGUCUGUCAGUAUUCCAUCCAUGACAUCCAGAAGGUCUUUGACGGACCGUACAAGGAGUACCGUGAGCAAUCCCAGAAGUGGGGUCGAUACUCUGACUCUGUGCCCAGUCCCCGACCAGGAUCAUGUAUCACCAACUGGCACAGGAAUCAUGGAGUGUACAGCUCUCUGGAGCUUCCUGACAAUACCCUUAACUUUGUCAAGAAGCAUCCGCUAAUGGACGACACUGUUAUGCCUUCCCAAGGACGUCCAUUGCUGGUCAGAAGGGGAAUAAACUUCACAACCAUUGCAGUGCAGAGGACCUUGGGUUUGGAUAAGGAGCCUUAUGAUGUCCUCUUCAUUGGAACAGACAAUGGUUGGGUAAAUAAAGCUGUGAGCUUUGGAUCAACGGUGCACAUAAUUGAGGAGCUGCAAGUAUUUGACAAAUCCUAUCCUGUGAACAGCUUGGCCGUUUCCUCCCGCAAGUCUCUUCUGUAUGUGGGCUCACAAUCUGGGCUAGUGCAGCUUCCCUUUGCAGACUGCAGUAAAUACCGCUCCUGUGCUGACUGCAUACUUGCUCGAGAUCCCUACUGCGCCUGGAAUGUUAAUAUUAGCCGCUGUGUGCGUGCCGAUGAACAGCACAGGUCUGUACUCCUUCAGGAUAUUCAGGACUCCGACACAUCAGUAUGUGAGGUGCAGAACAUGAAUGCAGCAGUGAGAUACUUUUCAAAGAACAUUACUAUUGGAAUUGGGACAAACGUGGUCCUUCCUUGCCAGUUAUCCUCUAACUUGGCAGAACCUAUCUGGACAUUCGAUGGGCAAGACAUGGGAAGUGACCAGGAUGAUUCUGUCCUCUUUGACGCCACUCUGCAGGCACUGGUCAUUCUUGGCGUGGGCACUCAUCAUUCUGGUUCCUACGUCUGUUUCUCAGAAGAGCAGGGAACCCGACUGACUUCAGAGAACUACCAGCUUACUGUGGUGGCCUCGCCUUCCCUUAUUCUUGAAUCUCGUGCUCCUUUGGAUGGGCUGGGCCUGGUGUGGAUGAUGGUGAUAGCACUGGGGGCUGUGUGCCUGGCCCUUUUCCUAGCUGUUGUCUACCUGCGCAGGAAGUUAAAGGAUGAGCUGGAAAAAGGUUCCAAAUCUAUGGAGAACACAUUGGUAUAUCCUAUCAAAUUGCCUUCCCAACCCAAGACACCUAAGUGCCUGCCUAGUGCAGACUCUGAUGAGAAACUGUGGGACCCUUCCUCUUUCUACUAUUCUGAUGGUUCACUGAAAAUUGUACCUGGUCAUGCAUUGUGCCAGAACAGCACUGGCUCCUCCUCGCCUUCUGGAAAUGGUAUUCCUGGGCAGCCUCUUCCUUCACCUCCCCUGCAUUCACCCAACCAUAUGCUUUUAGCAGGGGUUCGGGGCUCAAGUAGUAAUGGUUAUAUCCGACUGACACUUGGAGGGGGAGUGGCUGAGGAGCACCCUCAGCUGGGGGACCUUAAUGAGGAACUUCGGUGGAAGCUAAAGCAGAGGCAAGCAUUACCAGACUCCAAUCCAGAAGAAUCAUCUGUUUGACACUGUUUUGUGCCUCUUGCGCAGUUUGCACUGGUAUAAAUUUUAUUAUAUUAUUUUUGUUUUAAACUACCUCAGGGACUAGAGGUGUGGUGAAGGGACAAAGCCAAAAUGAAAGCCCCUGUCCAUCUAUGGACUGAAAAUAUUGGGUAUGAAGAAGGACCAAGUUCUCAUGUUGCCUUGGUAAAGCUCCCUCUCCUGUAGUUUGAUGUUCAGUAUUUCCAAAUGUACCUAACCUAAGCCUUUGUGGGCGUAAUAAGAGAAGAGCUCGCUAAGAAGAUAGUUAAUCCUUUACCUUGCUUGUUUAGUGAGUAAAAUGAAACCAGGCAACAUCCCUCUUCCUGGAGGUUCAGGGUCACCGCAGCAAUAAUGCAUGAGAGACUCCAGACGAUUAAAUACUUUAUCGGACCAUGUUGGCAGUCCUUUACCAAGGGAAAGGGUUGCAAAAAAAUCAUUCUCGCCUUGCAGCAGUUCAGUAAAAAAAAAAAAAAAAAAGUUCUGCAAUAAAUCACCAUGCACGUAUACUGUUUACAUAUGUUCAGAUGAGGCUUAUUCAGAAUGACGUCAACUGUGACCGAAAUCAUCCAUGCUGCUGCCUCGGGAUCGCUGUGUAGGAGGAAGAGGUCAGUGCUCAGUUAAAAAGAAGAGAAGACACAAUUGCAGGGAUCUGUUAGAACCAUUUGUACUGUAGUAUUCACACUUCCAAAGUCAGUUCCACUGAUUAAUUUAUCCUUUCCCCCCAAUGAGAAGGACCAACCACUCCUGUACGUACAACACUGACUUGCUCAACCCUGUCUGUUGCUUUGCAUCAGGUCACACAUUAAAUGACUGCCUCAAUCACAUAUUUCUGAUGCAGUCGCUCUGUGGUUGAUGAGUGUUCGUGUAAAUGUGUUUUUGAAGCAUGACACAGAUGUGAGUUUUGGAUAAACUAACCUUUUUAUUUUAAUAAUCUUUUAACUGUAUUGCUCUGUAAUUAUUAAGGGAACUCAGACUAUUCCUUUUUUGUAACUGCUGGGCAAAAUUCAAUGAAUUCUCAUAGGGCCAAAUAUUCGGACAUUAUUUUUUUGGAUAGAAUUUGCAAAAGGUAUGUCAUACGGAUAACUCUGCCAAAUGUCCCACACUCCCUCGUGUAUCUGUGUAUGGCGGGAUGGGCAGCCUGUGGUCCUCCACAUGUUUUUAACUGCGAUUUCUACAACAAGAUGUUGGUAGUUCAGUAAACUUUUGGAGGGCCAUGAGCUAUCCACUGUUUUGUGUAUUUGAUUUGAUAUUGGAAGAUGCCUACCAUCUUAUAUUGUAAAUAAUGUUUUGAGUCAUCAGCACUAUAAGAGAAAAUCUUGUGUGUACUGUAAAUAUUUUUUUUUUUUUAAUUUUUCCUGCUCUUAAAAUUUCAUGUGUUGGUAAUUUAUUUACGUUAUAUAUUUAUUUCUGUAAAUAAGUAUUUUUAUAUUAAAGAAAUAAAAGCAAUUGUUUAAAGAA